AAUACUGAUUUGGUUGAUGCCCCGACGAUUUUGGGGCUGAAAAUCGUAAAAUCGUCCGUGGCGAUAGGGUUUCGUUGCGAAUCUCUACAAACGUCUAAACAUAUAUCGCCAGAAGAAAAGUUUGAUAAGUUUCUGGAUAUAGAGCGAUAUUACUACUAUUGUCAGAGUACAAAUGAGAGAAAUAAAAGUAGUCCAGAUCUACAGUAUGGUGUGAGUUAUCACGACUCUUCUAUUGUUUCCUGCAAUGGACUACACAUAUUUGACGUUGCGCCACAAUGGGCGCUACCAAACAAUUUUAUGCAGUGGAUUGAUCUGCAAGCAUUGGUAGCACAUAAUACCACGCAGAAUAUAGAUGACUUGUAUUACAAAACAAAAGAUACCACGGAAUCUAUUAAUUUAAACUUGAUAUAUUCUACAAAGUUAUUACCAACGGCACGACACGAUGAUAGGAUAGUGAAUUCUAAUGUACUAAUUGGUACAGUUAAUGAAUCACUAUCCAUAAAAACGGGAAACCUGCAGGAGGAACGAAAGAAUAGGCUAGAUAGCUGCCAGAAGGAUUUCGAUGAAGAAGCAGACUCUAAUUCGCUAAAUAUCAGUAAAACAACGGAGCUUACAUAUUUGCUUACAAAAGAUAAAACCAAAGUUUCAUCUGAAUCGCAGAGAGAAAUUUGUUACGACGCAAAUGUUGGUCUGUUUAGUUGUGCGUCAAAACAUUCGAUCGACACGCAAAAUAUUAUCGGAUUGAAAGUGACAUCGGAUAAUAUUCAGCACGGUAAAGAAGCUUGCGACUCUAAUUGCAUCACUUCUGUAGCAGAUAAUGAGCCACUUAAUUUAGUGAUAAAUUCAAAAAAAUGUUCGCAAUGCAGUCAUACCUAUAGUAUAGAGACGAAAAAUCAACUCUGCAAUUGUCCACAUUCGUCAGGUGUCGAUAAAGAGACACUUUCAGUAGAUGGUGCCAUUUUAAGACAAUUAAAUCAUUCCCCUAAUGUACAAAGUUUUUAUAAUGUAAAGUACAAGAAAGUAGAUUAUGGUUUAUUGAAGCUUUCUGAUUUAAAUGAAUUGUCAUGUAACUCGAAAAAAGGCGAAGAAUUACUGAAAACUAUCGGUAAAUUGCAUGUUGAUAGUGAUGAAGUAAAUGGAACGGUUAUAACAAACAGUAAUUUGAAACAAGAGAGUGUGUAUCAGGACAAAUACAUUACGCAUAUAUUAUCAUCACGCUUAAGUGAUCGUAAAACGAAAUCAUUAUCUUGGACACAUUUACAGUUGAAUGUCAAAUGUAAUAAUAUUAAGAAAGAAUGCUGUAGUGAGGAAGAGGCACACAAGUCAGAAAAUAUCGAUCUAGUGACCGCCUGCAAUCCGAGAUUAAGCAAUUGGGCGUGUUUCGAAAUGUCAGGACAGUAUCCAGGUCAUAGCCGACCACCGGUUGGCACACCUCCACCACAAACUGUCUGGAAUCAUCUGAUGCCGCCGGGUCAAGCUCUCAAUAUCCAUCCGACGUUAUCUGGUGCCUCAUUGGGAACAGCCGGGUUCUACACACAUCCUUCCAUAGCGCGAGCGUCCCAUCUACCGUCUCAACUCACUCCACAACUUGCUCACACACAAGCACCGCCGACAUGGCAUACACCCACGGUUCCCUCGAAGAGCGUCACACCAGCGAACACGCCAGGCAAUCCCCUGUUCAGUUUACAAAUGUUAGUGGACAAUCGGCAAAAUCAAAAUCAAUAUAGAAAUUCGCCUGGCUCCCAAAACACCUUAGAUCUUUCAUCUACAUCGGAAAUUAUGGCGGAGAAUUACUCUCGGAUACCUCAGGAUAUUCCCAUCAGUUUGACCGCGAGAAACGUGGAUAAAGGCAAUCGAAACGGAAACAUAAUCUCACCACCUAUACCACUUAACGGAGAGACUUCGUCAGAUAGCGGAAUCAGCUCGUCUGUACCGACGCCAAACUCGGUCAGCGAACCAGUUUCGCUAUCGACGAAGGAGAUGACCACUCCUAAGAUAACGGUGAAAAACUUUGAAAGUAAUCUAAAGGGAGUAGCCAAUCUUCAUGAUAAGAUUAAAGAAAUGAAUGUAGAUAAUUUUACGCAGAAAGUGAUAAAUUUGCCGCCUAGUGUAACGAUAGAGAGGGUGGUUACGGAAAAAAAGGAGUCUGAAGUUUUGAAAGCUAAGGAUACGUUGAGUGUUAUCGCGCAAGUGCCAAGGAAUGUCUUACCUGUUAUAGUCAAUCUUACAUCCAAGAUGGAGAAAGACGUUACGGACAGUCCUAAGCGAGAAUCCUCUUCUGAGAGGGACAAGAAACAUGAGGAAACAAGUGUGAGGUCACCUAAGAAUUUGCCGAAGAGGGGCAAAAAAGGUGUUGAUUCUUUGUUAGAGAAAUUGGAGGGAGGAAAUAAGAAACUUGGGAAUACUGAGAAUAUCGGUUCAGUGAUCGUGAUGCCGAUAGAGGAAAAGGAUACGUCCAGCGUUAAAAGUAUGUCGCCGGAACGACAGAAGUCUAAAUCGCCAACUCGGGAGGACGAAGUAGUGUCACCAGCUUUCAGCAACGACGACUCGAAUGAUAACACUAAGCAACGUAGGAAACGAAAACUAGAGAAACCUGUGAGGCUGAGCAAGGACUCGAAAACAGAGGUCGAGGACAUGGAACUUGAGCCCACGGAACCUACGGAACCGAGGACUAUUGACCCGUUGUUAGAAGAGACGACUAGUUCUACACUGGCAGCCGAUAUCAAGACAACAGAGGAGCAGAUCACCAGAGAAGCGGAAGAAAGAAUAUCAAAUAAGGUAGCAAUAGACGAAAUCACCGAGGAAAGAUCAGAGGAAAGUCAACCGGUUCGAAGACGAAGUAGUAGCGAGGAUACGACUAAUAACUUGAUAUCGACAAAUCAGAGGACACGAAGAAAAUCCAGUGAGGACGCAUCGUCCGAGUUCCCGAAGGUAAUGAGCCCAAAGGAUACGAGCAAUACGACAACGGCAACAAAUCCUUUCGUUGAAGUUGAAUCGGAACUAGCAAAAAUGUUCGCCGGAAUCGUGGAAGCGGAUCCGGAAGUCAAAAAUGAAGAAUUAAAAGUGGAACUCGCAAACGCGCAAAUCCAAGGUGACAAUGCCGCUGUGAAAUUCGAAGGUCUCGAAAAUAGUAUACUACCGAUAACAGAUUCGCAGAACGUUCAGAGCAAUCCCAUUGAUGUUUCUUCCACGGUGGACACAAAACUGUCGGGGAAAAGAGGUAAGAAGGGCAAAAUGCAGGGUGGAAAGAGAAAAAUUUCUAGGUCGACGGAGAACAUUUUUGGUACGACAGACGAUUCUCCGAAAGAGAUGAAGAAGAGACGGAUGUCCAAAGGCUCGAAGAAGCAGGAUCAAGCUUUGAAAAAAACAAAGAAAAAUACCAAGAUUGAUGGUCUGAGGGAGAUGGCGUAUGAUUCUGGUUCGAACGCGAGUUCGAUUAGGUCCCGAGGACCAGUGGUUCACGUGGAGGGGCCAAGGGACAGUCCGUUGAGCAUCCAAGUAGUUAAUGCACCUCGGGAAGAAGAGGAGGAGAAGAGCAAGGAGAAACGGAAAAGCGUCGGCAACGGGAACGGAGGCCGAAGUAAAAGGCUUAGUCAUCAAAAUGAUUUAGAUUACAGAGGUAAAGUCAGCAGAGCAGGUCUCUUCAGUUCAACAUUAUCCUCGCGAUACGACGCGCACACUACGGAUUCGACCUGGAUCUGCGUAUUUUGUAAACAGGGUCCUCAUUCUGUUAUACCUGGCGAUUCGUCCAGGCCGCAUCCGAAUUUGGCCGGACCGCAUAUCGCAACUGGAACUUACACGGUUCCAGCUGGCGUGUUAAGUGACUUAUUUGGUCCAUAUUUAAUUGGCAAAGAGCGAUUAGAGGAUGGAAUUUUAUCGGCUGAUGAACAGGAAAUUACGACAGAACAGAAGAAAGGUAGUAAGAACAAGAGGAGCUUGAGGUACGCUGGUCUAGCCGACCAGUUCUCCGCGAAAAUGGGCAAGAAGAAGCGAAAUUCCGUUGAAAGUAACACAAAUGUCAUUUUUACGGGUAUGACUCUGCAUCCCGGCGGGGAGGAACAACGAUGGGAGGUGUGGCUUCACGAGCAAUGCGCGGUUUGGGCGGCCGGGGUAUAUAUGGCAGGUGGUAGAGUGACAGGAUUGCAAGAGGCUGUGUGGGACGCCGCUAAAUCAGUAUGUGACUCCUGCGGCUUGACAGGCGCGAAUAUUGGUUGCGUGAAACGUGGUUGUAAAGCUGUCUCGCAUUAUCCAUGCGCGCUGACGAAAGGCUGGCACCUCGACACAAAUCAGUACAUACCUAAGUGUAAUCUUCAUCGAGUUACGUGAAACUCCGGUGAGUUUAUGAGCAUAGACUAAUAUGGAAGUAGAUUGUAUUUACAUUAUAUCACACUAAGAUCCGGCUUUAAUUAGAUGCACCGAAUAAUGGGCAAUAAUGUAAGAAACUAAGUAAUAUAAAUCCGUUUAUGACUGAAGAUAGCCUUACUAGUUGGUAAGGUAUGUUCUAGUUAAUAAAGGAGCAAAACAUCCUCAUGCGAUAAAACCAGUCUAUAUGUAACAUAACGAAGUUACAUCGCGAUCGGAAUUUAUAGGGAAAAGAGUAAUCGAUGUA